CGGAUGUUGGCUUGUUCAGCGUGCAGGACGAAAUUUCACGUGUGAUUUUUUUCCCUCGGAACGUGUACACAUUUAAACAGGAUUAAAACUGUAUUUUGAUUGUGUUGUAGUUGUAAGUGUGAACCAUGGGAAGAAAACUUGAUCCAACAAAUAAAGUGAAGAGAGGCCCAGGAAAGAAAGCCAAGAAACAACGAGGGGCAGAAACAGAACUCGCCAAGUUCUUAACUGAAGACAAUGAAACAAAACGACUCUCGAGCAGAGGCAGGAAAAGAGCUGCAAAAAGAAAUCAAAGCAAAAAGCCAGAACAGAACCAGAAGCCAGCAAAGGGAUUCACUGAUGAAAAUAAUAAAUGGCUGAAACCAGCAAAAAGAAAGCGAAAAACCGAAGAACCAGAAAUUGAGGAUGACAGUGAUGAGCACUGGGAGUUUGAUGAAGAUGAGGAAGAGGAGGAAAUGGAGAAGCCACAGACAAAGGGCAAAAAGAAGAGCAUAGCAACCAAAAAGGAGGAGGAAGAUGAUGAUAAUGAAGAAGAGGAGGAGGAGGAUGAUGAUGAUGAAGAAAUGGUGGAUGACUAUGGCACGCAGGAGGACGGAAGUGAAGAGGAGGAAGAAGAAAGUGACGGAGAAGAGCUUCUUCCUAUUGAACGAGCAGCUAAAAAAGACAAAAAACUGAAACAGUCUGUGAGCCCUGAAAGUGAUGACGACGACGACGACGACGACGACGAUGAUGAUGAGCAGGCAAAGGGCGACUCUGAUGAAGAGGAGGAGGACACAGUUCAAGCUAAUAUUGAUGAAACUGACACAGAUGCAUUUAGACUUCCCAAAGCUGAAGAGACUGAGAAAGAAGGAGUCCUGCCUUUAGACCUGAAGCAAAUCUAUCAGAGAAUAAAGGACAACAUUGAGGUUUUAUGUAACUUCUCAACAAAAAGAGAGGAAGGCAAAGAUCGGUCAGAUUACAUUUCUCUUCUAAAGAAGGAUCUCUGCACAUACUACAGCUACAACAACUUCCUAAUUGAAAAAUUAAUUGACCUGUUCCCUCUUUCAGAGUUGGUCGAAUUCCUUGAAGCAAAUGAAAUUCAUAGACCUGUCACAAUUAGAACAAAUACAUUGAAAACUAGACGGCGAGACCUUGCUCAGGCCUUAAUCAACAGAGGAGUAAACCUGGACCCUUUGGGUAAAUGGUCCAAAGUUGGUUUGAUUAUCUAUGAUUCCUCUGUUCCUGUUGGUGCCACCCCGGAGUAUCUGGCUGGUCAGUACAUGCUGCAGGGAGCAUCCAGUUUACUGCCCGUCAUGGCUCUUUCACCUCAAGAAGGAGAAUAUGUGCUGGACAUGAGCUCAGCCCCAGGAGGCAAGACCACCUAUAUCGCACAACUCAUGAGAAACACUGGGAUUAUUGUGGCCAAUGACGUCAAUGCUGACAGGCUGAAGAGUGUUGUGGGAAACAUCCAUCGUUUGGGCGUCACAAACACUGUCGUCUGCAACUACGAUGGCAGGCAGUUUCCAAAGGUAAUGGGUGGGUUUGACAGAGUCUUGCUGGAUGCACCAUGUUCCGGCACAGGGGUCAUUGCUAAGGAUCCAGCUGUGAAGACCAGUAAGGACGAGGCAGACAUCUUGCGCUCCGCUCACUUACAGAAAGAACUUAUUCUGUCGGCCAUUGACUCGGUCAACGCAGAGUCUGCUACCGGAGGAUACUUGAUCUACUGCACAUGUUCAAUAAUGGUUGAAGAAAAUGAAUGGGUGGUAGACUACGCCUUGAAGAAAAGAAAUGUAAAAUUGGUUCCCACUGGUCUUGACUUUGGCAAUGAGGGCUUCACCAGGUUCAAAGAACGUAGGUUCCAUCCGACACUGCGCCUCACCCGGAGAUUUUAUCCACACUCUCACAACAUGGAUGGAUUCUUUGUAGCUAAAUUCAAGAAAUUCUCCAACAUUAUUCCUACUGUACCUCCAAAUAAAGAAGAGGAGAAACUGGAAGCAGACAAUGCCACAGCAACGACUUCUUCAGAGGAAAAAUCUUCAGAUCAAAUCAAGGUAAAGGCUGUCCUCACCAAAGGAGCAACUUCACAGUCCCAAACAAACGGAAAGACUGCCAAGAAACCAGGUACCAAAAAAGACUUGCACUCUGGAGGAAAGAAGGCAAAGAUUCAAAAAACUGAUGAAAAGACUGUACCAAAGGCUAAAGUGGCUGAAGCAACAACAGAAGAAAGCAAGGCCUCAAAGCCUGAAAAGAAAGAACGUAACAAGUUUGAGAAAAAAGUGGGGAAAAUGAGAAAAACUCCCAUGAAGGCCAAGAAGAGGAUAGGAAAGAACAAAUUUAAGAAGUUGAAACAUCUGUUGCAGAAAGCUGAAGAGUCCUAGUGUACAUUAAGCUGUUAAAUGUACUUUGAGUGAUCAUAAAUACUGAUCACUGAAAUGUUGAAAAUGGACUGGGCCUGUUGUGUUUUGCUUCGAGUAAUAGUGAUACUCGAUAUAAUUUGUAAUGUUAAUUUUGAUCAUUGAGAUUUUCUACUUCAAGUUUAAUAGCAAAACUUAAAAUUAAUAUACGGUAGGACUAUGUGUUUUUGUAUGUGUGAUACAAAGGACAAAUAAAAUAUUGUCUACAAAUCUGUUUCUAACAUGUACAUUACAAGAUGCUGUACUGAAGAUAGAAUAAAGACA